CGUCGCCGGGGAGGAGAGGCUGACGCACUUCCGGGACCGCCCCUUCUUCGGAUGCAACUUCCUGCCCCUUUCCUAGGGCUGCCGGCGCGAGACGCCGUUGCCAUGGCAGCGGUCGGGGCACCAGGCUAGGAUUUGUAGGCGAUCACAGCAGCAGCAGGCGCGCAGGGGACAGUUCAUGAGCCGACCAGACACUGGGGCUGAGGCUGCAACGCAGGAGACUGGGGAGACGUCCUAUAUCACCCUCCGGACACUCUCCGCCCGCACCUCACGACUUUGGCUCCCCUCUCCUUUAGUCCUAAGGGAUCCAGGCAAUUAGCAAUCCUGAGUCAGAGGCUGUCAACUCAUUUUAGAAUUUCCAAAGUGUUUGAUGACCUUGAAUCUCAGCAGGGGCACUGGCCAGGAGAACCAGAGUUCAGGAGUUGAUAUCUCAAAUGGUCCCAGAUGGCAGCUAUAGUUAUUUGAGGGUGAACAGAGCCUCAGGUUCCUCACCUGUGUAAAGGAGGCAGAUUCAGGAAGUAACACACACUAGGUCCUUGUGGUCAGGGCCUAACACCAUUAAAGUACAACCUCUGUGCUCAGGCUCAAGACACUGAAGAGCUACUUGGGGCCAGCCCUGCACUGGAUAUAGGAAGCCAGGGACCUGGAUGAGCCUCUGACCCUGAACCCCAGAGCCCACAGGCUAGUCUGACAGCCAGACAUACUCAGGCAUUCAGCUUCACCGGCAGGCACCUGUGCAGAGGAGCCACGAGGAUGGCGCACUUGCUGGGCAGCCAGUCCUGCAUGGACAGCCUGCGCAAGGACCUCACCGACUUACAGGGCGCCAUUGUGGAUGUGUUCUCUCGUGCUGGGCCUGUGCGCUUCCCCUCCUGGAAGUUCCCUGACCGUGUGGCUUGCGACCUGGACAUGGUGGCCCUGCUAGAGCACUAUGACCAUGUGCCAGGUGACCCCGAGUUCACGCAGCUGUCCCAUGCUGUUCUGCUGGAGCUGGUCAUCGACAGGCUCCUGCUGCUGCUUCAGAGCUGUGCCAGCUACUUGGAGAACCUUGGUUCAGAGCAAACGGUGCCCUCUGCCCAGGCUGUGGGGCGCUGCAUGUCUGUGGGGCUCACAGCGCGGUGCUUUUGGAACAGCCUACUGAGGCUGGGCAUGCUUUACAAGCAGGCAGCCCCACAGAAAAGGGUAAACCAAGGAGAGACCCUCACCUCCAAGCCCACAGCCAAGGGUGAGCCAGCCAGGAGCCCUGAAUUUGUGACUGCCAAGUUCAUCAAGCCCCCCUCCCCAAUGCCGGGCUCGCCCCAGACCUGCCAGGAGCCAGACAGCCUCCCUGCCAGAGUAUCCCUGCAAUGUCCAGCCAGGACCGUCAAGAACAGUAGGAGCGUCCACUCCCAGACUGUGGAGACGGCCCUGGUGCCCUGUGAUGCAUGCAUCAGUGUCCAGGGAAGCCUGCAGGAGGUGGGCAACAUGGUCAUCAGCCUAUGUCAGAGCCAGAACUUGCCCUCGUCCUUAGGCCAGUUCCAGCAGCUGGUGCAGGACAACAUGGGGCUCAGGCCGCUGCCGGCCGCCACCAUGGGCCACUGGGCGGCAGAGCAGAGCAAAGACCUGACACGCCUCAGUAAGCAUGUGGGGGCCCUCGCUCAGCUUGUUGGGCCCCUUAGGGCCCAGCUGGAGGAGGCUGAGGGCCAGAAGGAUGGACUGAGGAAGCAGGUGGGCGAGCUGGAGCAGGCACUGCAGCAGGAGCAGGGGGAACGGCGGCGACAGGCAGAUGAAGCCACGCAGCACCUGGUGGAGUGGGAGCGCAACAAGCAGCAACUGCUCACAGAAACAAGUGACCUCAGGAUGAAGGUGGCCACCCUGGAGAGGGAGCUGAAGCAGCAACAGGAGUCCAUGCAGGCUGUGGAGACCAAGGCCUGGCAGCUUCAAGAGGAGGCCGAGCGCAGGGCAGAGGCCGAGAGGCAGGUACACCGGCUGGAGGAGCAGGUGCAGGUGCUGGCAGGGCGGCUGGAUGGGGCCAGCCAGCAGAUCCGCUGGGCCAGCACAGAGGUGGACAAGGAGAAAGCCCGAGUUGACAGCAUGGUCCGCCACCAGGAGUCCCUGCAGUCCAAACAGCGAGCCCUGCUGCAGCAGCUGGACAGCCUGGACCAGGAACGUGAGGAGUUGCGGGGCAGGCUGGACAAGGCCGAGGCCCAGCAGGCCCACGUGGAGGAGCAGCUGCAGAAUGUACGGAGCGAGAGGGAGCAGGGGCAGAGCCAGCUCCUGGCCCAGCAGGAGCUACUGCAGAGCCUGCAGCGGGAGAAGCAAAGCCUGGAGCAGACCACGACAGAUCUGCAGUUGACCAUAUCGGGGAUGGAACGGGAGCUCGUGGAGCUGAGGGAGCGGGAGCGACUGCUGGUGGCCUUCCCAGACCUGCACAGACCCAUCGAGGCCCAGAUCCCAAGCUCCGGCAAUGUUACAGACGACAUGGAGAGGCAGGUGCAGGCCAACGACAUCCGCAUCCGGGUCCUGCAGGAGGAGAAUGGGCGGCUCCGGUCUAUGCUGUCCAAAAUCCGGGAAGUAGCCCAGCAGGGCGGCCUUAAGCUGAUUCCACAGGACCAGCUCUGGGCCCCUCACAACAAGGGCAUCCACGGAGCAGCGCCCCUGGCCCAGGCCCAGAACGCAUCCCCAGGGCCCCCGGACAGGCAGCACCUGCCCAGCAGCAGGACAGCCAGUGCGGGCAGGACCCUACCGUGCCAGCUCCGGGCAUCCCCACCUCAGCAGCCCUGCAGCCGGCCCAGCAAGCCCUCCUUGGAGGACAUGACCCACUCGACCAACUGUGCUCAGAACCCCAUCCGGGCCUUGGCCAGGCUGAGGAGGAGACUGUCACCAGGCCAACGCCAGGCCAGCCCUGCACAUCAGCCCCAGGAGCGGCCCACGUAGCCUGCUGUGGGGUGGGGCUAGAGGGCAGGUGUCUGGCAACCCACUCAAUGUAAUAAAGCCUUGGCCAUCUGCCCACAGCAA